AUGGAAUCGCCGUUCAAAGCAGGAAUUCUGAAGGGGAAGGUCGCUCUGAUAACAGGCGGAGCCUCCGGAAUCGGCUUCGAAAUUUCGACACAAUUCGGUAAACAUGGAGCCUCCGUCGCACUCAUGGGUCGCCGCAAGCAAGUUCUUCAGUCCGCUGUCUCCGUUCUCCAAUCCCUCGCCAUUCCUGCGGUUGGGUUUGAGGGGGAUGUACGGAAGCAAGAGGAUGCAGCAAGGGUAGUGGAAUCGACGUUUAAGCAUUUUGGAAAGAUUGAUAUACUUGUCAAUGCUGCGGCUGGGAACUUUCUUGUUUCAGCAGAGGAUCUCUCCCCAAAUGGCUUUCGAACAGUUUUGGACAUUGAUUCUGUUGGCACAUUCACAAUGUGCCGUGAAGCACUAAAAUAUCUCAAGAAAGGAGGAGAAGGAAGGAGCAGCUCUUCUUAUGGGGGAUCAAUCAUAAACAUUAGUGCUACCUUGCAUUACACAGCUUCUUGGUACCAAAUUCACGUGUCUGCUGCAAAGGCAGCUGUUGAUGCCACUACAAGAAACUUGGCACUAGAAUGGGGAACAGACUAUGAUAUUAGGGUCAAUGGGAUUGCACCAGGUCCAAUAAGUGACACUCCUGGCAUGAGUAAACUGGCUCCUGACGAAAUAAGUAGCAAAGCCAGAGAUUACAUGCCACUGUAUAAACUUGGGGAGAAAUGGGAUAUAGCCAUGACUGCACUUUUCCUAGUAUCAGAUGCAGGAAAAUUCAUCAAUGGCGACACUGUGAUAGUUGACGGAGGACUUUGGCUGAGCCGGCCUCGUCAUCUAGCGAAAGAGGCUGUGAAGCAAGUAUCUCGAUCAGUAGAAAAGAGAUCCAGAAAUGCACCAAUUGGUGUUCCAAAAAGCAAGCUGUGA